AUGAAGUUCGCAUCUGCCAUUGCCUCCAUGUUGUUUGAUGGAGCUGGAAUUACUCCAGUGGUCAUGGGCGAGGAGCAACCUGUCUUGACAGAGAUCAGCUUUAGUUUAGAUGACGGCGACCUUUUUACAAGAGGCCGGCCAGGCUACAACUCCUUCGAUCCGGGCGACCCUGAACCAAAGACCGUCAACGGAAUUCAGCUUUCCAAGGUCGACACAUCCGGAGAGGAUGUCGAGUGCAACUUUUGCACAGAGCCUGACUUUGGAGGUGACGAGAUUAUCACCGUUCGGACUUCGGACAGGUCUGGCUGGGAUGCGCCGACUGGAGAUGAUGCGGUGCAGGUGGGCAGCUGGGAGUGUCAUAUUGUCCAAAGUAUUUGA